AUGACUAUCGGUAUAUAUCUUCUCAUAUUUUUAAUUUUUUUGUACGUUUUUCUAAGUCGAAUGCUUUAUGACCUUAUCAUUAAAAACAAAAAGAAUGCGCCCAUAAGCUCCUCAAAUUUGACGGGGGAAAACACUAGAAAUUUUUUAUUUUUUUUUUUGUUUAUAUGUCAUAUAAGUAGAAUUAUAUCCUUAAUAAUACUUACAUUUUUAGACAUAAAGUAUAAUUCAAUUGAUUAUAGUAAGGUGAUUUUAUAUCCAUAUUAUUAUUUUUAUUUAACCUUGCUCAAAGCCUUUCCAACAUACCUCUUCUUAUCAUCAUUUACAAUAAUUAUACUUUUUUGGUCACAAGUGUAUUAUGCAUCAGUGUUAGUGUCCUCCCCACACUUACAGACGUUGUAUAUUUUUUUGAAUGUAUUGGUUUAUGCUAUAAACGUCAUUUUGGCUAGUUUGGCCUAUUUCGUGAAAGCAUAUUUUGAUUACAUAUAUUACAAUUAUAUUAUAGAGUCUAUUGUCGACUAUAUAAUAGCAAGUGCGUUUUUAUAUUAUGGAGUAAAGGUUACUAAUAAACUGAAAGAAAAGAGCAAAGGACUUGCAAGAAAGGAUAACAUUGUUAAAAGGAUUUUAACUUUGGCUAUUGUCUUGUUUGUUAUUUUGAAUUUAAAGGGUUUAUAUUCAUUUUGGUGUUUUAUAAAGGAUAUGAAAUUUUAUAGCUCAUUUUUUGAUCUUCCUACUUGUGACGCUAUAAUUUAUUUUUUAUCAGAAUGUGUCCCGUCCAUAUUGAUUAUUUAUACCUUUCAACCAAGCAAAGAAAAGAGCGCAAUGGACUUUAAAUAUACUACUCCUCUGUGUUCAGAAACUUUUAAUCCAUACAAUUUAAAAUUUAAAAAGAAAAAGACAAAGAAAAAUACUGAUAAUUAA